AUGGAUCUAUGGCAAGUACCGCGUGCAAUGAAUCGCAUGAUGAACGAAUACAUGCGCGAUUUUGAUCGUUUCGAACGUUCUCUGUACCCGUACUGGCGUGACGCUGAUCAUUCUGUACUGCAUGUGGCGAAUGAAACUCAGCAGGUGGUCGAUGACGAUAAGAAAUUCGCUGUUUCGCUGGACGUCUCGCAAUUCCGCCCGGAAGAGCUGAAUGUGCACUUGGAAGGUCGAGAGCUUACCGUGGAAGGGAAACAGGAGCACAAAAGUGAUAGCAGCUUUAUUCAUAGAUCAUUCAUCCGUAAGUGGACUUUGCCUGAAAAUGUAGACCUAGAGGCCGUACAUACUCAACUCAGCGACAAAGGUCAUCUAUGCGUUGAAGCACCGAAGACGGACAGUCCACCACAAACGUCUGUUGCUUCCCAUCGAAAGGAGAACUCUUCUGGAUGUUUGGAAAAGGUUGUGGAUGAUGAGUCAAAAUUAGCAAUCUCCUUGAAUGUCGCAAAUUUCAAGCCGGAAGAGCUAAAGAUGGACCUGGAUGGAAAAAUCCUUAAAAUCGAAGGAAAGCAGGAAGUGGAGGGGAGCGAAUACUCAAUGAGGUACAUCUAUUCACCUGGAAGUUUUUAUUUAUUCAAUGGUUCUCCGUAUUAUAAUAACGUCUUUAAAACUUUUGUUUGUCAAUGGGCUCUACCUGAUAACGUGGAUGUGGAGCAAAUCAAACCUUCCAUGACCGAAGACGGCCACCUUCGCAUCGAAGCUCCUAAACUCGCCAAACUAUCCAUGAUGCAUCCCGGUGGAGAAGAAUACAUCUAA